AAAAGAAUGCCUGAUGUCAAAGAAUUGAAAUCAAUCCUAGAUGAAAUAGAUACAUUUCUUGUGUCUGGAAAAGAUCCUCAACCAAAUUGGUGGCAUAAAACAACUAUGAAUAAUAAUGAUAAUAAUACUAAUCAUAGUGGUAAUAAAACAACAACACCAAUAAAGAAUAACACACCAACGAGAAGAACAACGGCAAAAACAAUCAGUGAAAAUAUAAACAAUGAGCCUAAAAGCAAUUUAAAAUCACUGUGUUUUUCCCAGUCUAAUCGAAAUAAAUCUUUAAGUAAUGAUGCUUAUAUCUAUGAAUGUACAAAUAAUGAAUCAAAGUCAAUAAUGAAUACACCAUCAUCAGUCAAUAAAAGUAUAAAUCUAUCCGAUGAUGAUGAUGAUGAUGGUGCAACAAUCUCUGCAUUAAAUUCAUCUGUCACUAGUUUUAUAUCACCUAAACAAAUUGUUUUUCCUGAAAAAAAGGAUUCUCAUCAUGAUUCUAAAGAACAACAAAUUAAAAUUACA